AUGACUACUCAGAGCAGCAUUCUUCUCCUCAUCACUCUUUGGGCUUCAGUGCAGGAUGGUUUGGGUUUUCCGGUGACGAAACAGCUGGAAGUGGAGGCCAGUGACGGCGUCCCGGUGCACAAAGUGAGGACCAAGCGCUGCGCUUGCAGCAACCUGCUGGACUCUGAGUGCCACUACUUCUGCCACCUGGAUAUCAUCUGGGUCAAUACACCCAGCAAGACGACGGUUUAUGGCCUCGGCGGUGCUUUGUCUCGACGCAGAAGGUCCACUGACCGCUGUGCCUGUGCCAAGCAGGACGAUCAAGCGUGCACCGACUUCUGCCAUCUCAGCCCCGAAGUCAAAUCUGUGACGACAAGACAUCAGCUCCGCAUACUCGACAUCCUGAGAGCUGCAGCCAAGAAAACUCCAGAGGCCCCCGAUUCAGACAGAGACGAGUCUUCUGCAGCUCAAAAGAAGAUCCCUCGCUAAAUAAACGAGAGCAGUGAGAGUGAAAGAGAGCAGCGAGCACCUGAACAAAUGACGCUCCUUUGAUAGGGAGGAGGGAAACAAGGGGCUGCUGGGAGACGCGUCCGACGCAGGAAAGGCCGAAGCGCCGCAAAGAAGUCUGUCUGAACCCGCGAUGAAAGAGAGGGUGGAAAAUGCGACAGAGUCCUGCAGAUGCACGGUGGAAACAGAUGUGAAGGAUGAGAAUUGAUAGGAGCUGCUAUCAAGUUCUGUUUGGCUGUCUGGUUUUUUAAGAGCGACUGUACGAAAAAAUAAAAAAGGCCAGACCAGCACUGAGAAAGAGACAUGGAAAGGACAUGCUUACUGUACAUGCAAGUACAGGAAUAUCUGACUUAUAUGUUGUUUUUAUUAUUCAUUUUAUAUAAUGUGUGUAU